AUGCCAGAACUUACUGAACUGGACAAGGCAACUGCAUCUAUGACAGAGAAGCGUAAGGAAGAGACUGCGUCUUCAGACAGUGACUCUGAUGACACUAUUCCAGAAUUAGAAGAUGCUGGCGCGCCUGGAGCGGGCGGCAUAUCAAACCCCAUAGCUGGUAUUGAUAUUGUGUCAAAGGCUAAACAGUCACGAGGAGAGAAGAAGGCGCGCAAGAUUAUGAGCAAACUUGGAUUAAAGCCAGUACAAGGAGUAAACAGAGUGACAAUAAGGAAAUCCAAGAACAUUCUGUUUGUCAUCAACUCUCCAGAUGUGUACAAGAACCCUCACUCGGAUACAUACAUAGUAUUUGGUGAAGCCAAAAUUGAAGAUCUGUCUCAACAGGCAACCAUGGCUGCCGCCGAAAGAUUCAAGGCACCAGAGACGGCCGCCGCAGGAAAUGAUGCCGCUGCUACCGGCACAACGGUGGCACCAAUAGCCGAAGAAGAGGACGAAGAAGGUGCUGACGAGACGGGCGUGGAUGAGAAGGAUGUUGAGAUAGUGAUGUCCCAAGCUAAUGUUUCUCGCGCUAAAGCGGUCCGAGCGCUGCGGAACAAUCACUCGGACAUUGUUAACGCUAUUAUGGAGCUGACGAUGUAA